UCGGCCUAGAGAGGAUUGGAGCCAAAGGCAUUGCUGGUUCUUGAUAAUUGCACCAGUCAUUAUGACGUUGACGAAUCUCUACAGAGUGACGAUGGACUGAUUCAAGUGAUCUACUUCCCACCAAAUGUAACUGCUGAAUGCCAGCCGAUGGACCAAGCGGUCAUCAAUGCAAUCAAGCGAAAGUAUAAAAGAAAACUGAUGCUCGCAUUAAUUCUGGAAAACGAACACUUAAGUUUCGAUGAACGAUUGAAGAAGAUUAAUCUUCAACAGUGUAUUUCGUGGUUGGCAACCUCUUGGGAGGAGAUAUCUGACAAAACUAUACGUAAUUCGUGGAAGAAAUUGAUCGAUGGUUUGCCGGAGGAUGCUGUUAAUGUAGACUCGAAAGCGGCCGAUGAUGACUUCAAAGCGCUUGUGUCCAGGAUUGACAGUUUGGCAGGAACAAAAACAUCUGAGCAAGAUAUUGAUCUGUGGAUCAAAGAUCAGGUGUAUGAUGCUGAUCAUAAUCCAGAUUGGGUAACCAGUGAAGUGUUCUCUGAUGACGAGAUUUUGUCAUCAGUUCUCAAGAAAGAUCAACCUGAAAUGCAAGAAGAAUGGUUGGUAGACACAGAAGAUGGAAGUAAUUCGUUUGAUACUUCCAUUACUAGUACCGGAGAUCCUGAUUUUGGCGAUGCAAUCAAGUCAAUUGAUUGCCUAGUUCGCUAUAUGAAGCAUGAUGUUGCAGAAGUAUGCCGUUUGAACACGCUACGUUCGAAAAUCACUGAAGUUGAAUGGCUAAAACGAGCAUGUUGAAGAACUCUACCAUUUUGUUGAAAAUGAAUUUACGUGGUUUGUUUAAUUUUGUUUGAAACGUUUAAAAUAAAUAUUGUUUUUGUUGAAUAAUAUUCGAUUUUAUUUAUUUCAAUGAUUCAUUUAAAAUUUAUUUUAAACCUAAAAACACCAUCCA